AUAUAUUGAGUUGUAAAACUGUUGUUAUUGAAACCUUCUAACCCUAAAAUGACCAGAAAUCCCCUAUAAUACAAAAGUGGGAACAUGCAUGGAUUAUUACAAACUGUUGCGUUUAAAGCGGACAACUGAUUAUUUUUUUUUUACAAAUAUAUCAUAAAACGCAGUACUAUCUUACUAGAAUGUGAGUGAACACACCCACCGCCAUUCCACCGGUUUGGUUCUGCGUUACCUCACCAUGGGGUAUACAUUGCUCAUUAUCAGGGAAUGCUAUUGAUAACAUUACGGUGUAGAUAUGAUUAUUUGUAGCAUGGUAUACACGAUCAUGUGAUGGCAGUGAGUUGGUCCAGAGGACCAGAACCCAGCGCCAAGACCUGUAAAACAAAAACGUAAUUGUUCCAAUAAAUGGUUAAACUAAUGUGGCAUUUUCCGGAUUAAUUAAGUUAAUGUUAAAACAUUUUAUGAUGUCAUCGGGUUGCAAGGAACCAGGCGCAGGCGGAAUGCGGUCGGUUUUGGCUUUUAAUUAAACGAAUACCACGCACGACCAAACAACAAAGAAAAGGGCUGACUUAAGCAGCAAACCGACUGUACUCAACGGUUCUAAAGAAACUUACAUUCGUCAACGACAUCAAAUACAACAACGACCCACAAACGCGGCUUCCGCCCCAGGACUUGUCCCAAGGACUGCUCGUCGGCGGCAGUGAUAGUCGGGGUCACCCGGGGUCGUGAAGGGUCAGAGGCUGGAUGUAUGAGAAGGAUUCAUGGGCCUGAAGAACCAUCUGGAGGAUGGAACGGGACACAUCCUUAACCUGGGGCUGGAUCUGGACUACCUCCACGUGGAAGGGACCGACCGCCAGGCCAGCCUGACGGCCACAGACAGAACCCGCGCGGAAGCCUUGCACAGGGGGGAAGCGGAGGCGGGUGGCACCCGGAGCAGCAUUAGCAGUAGCUGCAGUAGUAGUAUUUGCAGUAACUCCUCUGAAGAAAGUGCCGCGUCAGACAGCGAGGAUGAGCGUGGGGUUCGGCGUGAAUCUGGUCCUGACAUCCAUGCCUUACACCCUAAUCCGUGUCACCCUACUGGGCCGGGCCCUGCACAGAGCCCCCCCACUAGGGCCCCAAAACCCCUGACAGACCCUAUCAGAGAGUACCGCUACAAAAUGGAGUUUGCCCUAAAGCUGGGCUACUCUGAGGAGCUGGUUUUGCUGGUGUUGAGGAAGCUUGGGCCUGAAGCCCUCAUCAACGACGUACUGGGUGAACUGGUCAAACUGGGUGCCAAGUCAGAGACAGAGAAUGCUGGGGGUUCUGCCGCCUACCAUUCGCUCUCCUCAAUAUCCUCAUCCUCAGCUCGCUCAUCCUCUUCCUCCUCUCUGGAUUCCUGCAGGCUGGACUUCUCCGCUCAGAUCCUAUUGGAUGACAAAGAGAACCUGAGGCCUGUAGUGGUGGAUGGGAGUAAUGUUGCCAUGAGUCACGGAAAUAAGGAAGUGUUCUCCUGUCACGGCAUCCAACUAGCUGUUGAUUGGUUCCUGGAGCGUGGCCACAGUGAUGUUACUGUGUUUGUGCCCGCCUGGAGAAAGGAACAGUCCCGACCAGACGCCCUCAUCACAGACCAGGACAUAUUACGGCGCCUGGAGAAAGACAAAAUCCUGGUGUUCACUCCCUCUCGUCGGGUUCAGGGCCGCAGAGUGGUCUGUUACGAUGACCGCUUCAUAGUCAAACUGGCCUAUGAGUCAGACGGCAUCAUCGUAUCUAAUGACAACUAUCGUGACCUGGCCAACGAGAAGCCGGAGUGGAAGAAGUUCAUUGAUGAGCGGCUACUAAUGUACUCAUUCGUCAAUGACAAGUUCAUGCCUCCUGAUGACCCUCUGGGUCGCCAUGGUCCCAGUCUAGAGAACUUCCUGAGGAAGAGACCAGUGAUCCCCGAGCACAAGAAGCAGCCCUGUCCCUAUGGGAAGAAGUGCACUUAUGGACACAAGUGUAAGUUCUACCACCCUGAGAGAGGCAGUCAGCCGCAGCGCUCCGUGGCGGACGAGCUCCGUGCCAGCGCCAGGAACUCCUCUUCCCCGCCCGUCUCCUCUUCCAAGAGCCUGGGCGGAGGCCUGAUGGUGAAAAGCCACAGCGUGCCCGGCAGCUCCGGGGCGGGCGUGCUCCUUGCCCCCCGCCGAGGCCAGCCGAAGAGGCAGUCCGACCCCGGCCUGCGCACCCACUCCUACAGCGACCUACUGGAUGAGCGUCUGGGCGGGAGGGCCAAACCGGACGCCCGCAGAGGGAGCAGCAGUAGUAGCAGUAGCUGUAGCAGCCUCCUGGCCUCUGGCGCCGGGGAUCUUCCUCCCAGCCACGGCUGCUCUCUGCCGGACUGGAGGGACCACAGCGCAUUGGGGCCAUUGGGGCUGGGUCACUCCGAGUCGUACCCCACCUGCGAGUCCCCCGAGCUGGACUUGAACUCCCUGAUGAGGGCCUACUCCAGCCUAAGCCUGCCUGUGCCGCGGAGCCCCGAGCGGCUGUUCCCGGCUGACCUGCGGACGGGCUCGCUGGCAUCGGACUGUAGCAGCGAGGACAGCCUGAGCUCUGACUCCUUCUCCCCCGACCCCCUGCUGGAGGAUGGCCUCAACUGCCGCCAUCACCAUCACGCCCCACACCACCCCCAUCACAGUCAACAUCACUGCACCAGCCGCUACCCAUAUCACCCCAACCACCCACACCCACCACCCGGUCUGAGCCAACAACACCAUGGGGGAUCCCAUCACGGCUACCAACUGGCUCAGAGCAUGGUGAGGCCUCAGGGCUUCAGCUUGGAGGAUCCUCCACCCUCUCUCCACCACUUCAAAGCCCAUCUCUCUUACCUUCCUCUCCAUCUUCAGCACCCAUCUGUAGGGAGCCACUACGGCUAUUCCAGCCAAUACACUCCCCAGGCUCCACCUCAGACAUCCAGCCCCCUAUCCCACGCACAUGGCUCUCCUCUGGGGCGUAACCUGGGAGGCUCCACCUGGCAGGACAACAAAGGCCUCCAGGAUUCCCGGUUCUUCGAGCGCUCCCCCGUCCACUCAAGGAGGACCUACUCGGGCCCAGAAACGGAGCAGCGAUUGGCCAGUUGGGACCCUCACAACCAGCAGCCUCCCCAACCUUGCUAUGAGCCAUUCACCAACCAGAGCUUGCCUGAGGGCCGCGAGAAACUCUGGCACUCACCCUGGCUGAGGGGGGUUCACUCAGGCCGUCUCCCCUCUGACUCCCAUACUCCACCUCUGCCUCCACCCGACCCCUCCACAGGCCCGCGGCAUCAGGAUUCACCCACUCUGGACAGAUAUCAGGACAUGAGGGAGAAGGUGUUUGUCAACCUGUGUAACAUCUUCCCCACAGAGCUGGUGAGGGUGGUGAUGGGGAAGAACCCCCACAUGAUGGAUGCGCAGCAGCUGGUGGCGGCCAUUCUGGCUGAGAAGUCCCAGGCUGGCUACUGAGUGUGGGCACUUCUUCAUACAGUAGUAUGGAGGAAAGAGGUGUCCUGCUCAACUCUAUGGUCCUCGCGGAAUGCUAUGAUGCAGGGAGAGAUGUUUUAAUGUACUUCAUCAAAUUAUAUUUUAAAAAGUGAUGUCUGAGCUUCUUUA